AUGAUAUUCUUCACUGUGAUAUCUUGUCUAGUAUCCGUGGUCGGGGGUCUCCCACUUAGCGACGGCAAUGGGCAGGCGAUAGCGAGGAGAAGGGAAGGAGACGACAGUAAUGCAGGCAGCUCUAUCGAGAUUUGGGUGCCCAUCGUGGUCGUGGUCGUCCUGCUCACUGCAGGCAUAUGCCUUUGCUGGUUCCGGAAAUCUAUCAGAGGACGACUCAGUGGUAUUACAGGCCUUACAAGCCUCACGUCAGGUUCAGGCUCGUCGACGACCGCCCUACCGGCAGCUAAUGGAGGUGUACGCGAGUUGACCGCAGAGCAGCUUGCUGGUACUACCGAAAGUGCUACCUCUAAUCCUCCGUCCGCGACUCGGACUAGACGAGCUAGACGGCCACGUAGAACACCAUCCCAGAUAUCGACGACAUCUUUGCCUGCAUAUAACAAGGAGCCUGGGGAUCAGGAGCUGGUCAUUUUCCGCGGUCCUGCCGAUAUGGAAGACGUUCCAUUACCUGUCACGGCCACCGUUGAAAUGCCUCCGGUAGACGAGGACGGAGAGACGUCAAUGCAUUCAAGGAAUCAGUCUGAUGGAUAUUCUCCCAUGCCGGAUUCACCAAACGACAUGCCUCUUCUCCAAGAAGAUUCUCCUUCCACGCCUGAUCUUCAGCCUCCAGGCGAAGGCAUGCCAAUCAGACGGAGCCUGGAUUCCGAAUCUUCCUUGAUGCGUUCAACUUCACGGGAUCAGGAACCUGACCCACGCGGCGCAGCACCGGCGUAUUUCGAGGUUGCGGUAGUGGACCUAAGCCAGGAUGAUCACUCUUCCUUGCCUAGACCGUCUUCGUCUGUUGAGGUGACACCACCGUCGCCGGAGGCCCCCGCGACACCGCCCCCAAGGCGCACGUUCCGCUCUAUACUUGGUGCCUUAGGGUCGGGAAAUGCUCGCUCAGCAGGGGGUGUAGUCAGUCAUUCUCGCACAGGAUCGAAUGGUUCAGGCCCGUACAGCCGCCCGUCAACGUCCAUGUCCUAUAGAGGUCACCGUCCGUCGCAAUCAAGCACAGGCUCUCUUCUAUCCAUGCACAAUCCUCUGGCCAGGAAAAAAUCCACCACGACACUCAAUUCGCAACAUCUGACGUCACCUUCCAUGAUCUCACUCAACUCUAUCUCUUCCCCACUUUCGCACACGCUUGUUCGCACGGAGUUUACCUACCCCAAGUCUGGUCCUACACCAGAGCAGCUGAAACUCAUCUCUUCGAGAGAGUCGGUGGCCCGGUUUGGUGUUCCGUACGGCGAAGAGGCAGUGAGAUGGGCGAGCACUUCCAGGCUGGCUCUCUCAUCACCUACUCCAGAAGAUGACGUUCCACCGCCGGAGUUCGACUUUGUACCAUCUAGUUCACGACCAAGAGCAGAUACUGGAGAGAGCAGUAACUCUCCAGCUGUUCCCUCUCCGCUCUCAAACAACGUAGAGACCUCAAAUGAGGAAGCACCGUCAGAUACGCCGACGUCUACCUCUCCGUUCUCAGAUCCCUCGAGCUCAAGACCUUCAACUGCACAAGAACCUUCUCCCAGUUCACACGCGCCUGCUGAGGAAACCCCAACAACAACAACCUCGUCAACUGCACCAGAUCCUUCUCCUGCACAUCUUGAAGAACCUUUAAGCCCAUCCCUACCUGCCCCAGACAGUUCUAAACCUGUGGAACCCGUGCCUGUCUCACCAGCACACCCCUCGAACUCGUCCGGUCCCAGCUCAUUUGUUGCUCCUGCCUCGAUGAAGUCAAAACUGUCAACUAUCAGCAUCGGCUCGCGUCCUCCUAUUGCCGCAUCCCUACGAUCCGCUUCGCGUGCAAGUUCCAUCGGGACAUUUGCUACAGCUUUGGAAUCUAUGGGGAAUACAUCUUCGGAUGAUGACUACGACGAAGCUGAGGAGGAACCAGGGACACCGAGGAUGGCUCCCCAACAUAUAUUGGAAAACACCGACACUACAGUUCAAGCGUAG